GUCAUCGUCCUUCCCGGAAGUCAGCAGCUUCGGGCAGAUGGUGGCGGCCUCGUCAGCCUCGGUGCAGGAAGAGGAUGUUUGCUUCCAGCGGAGGAAUAAUAUCAGCUGAUUCCAGGUCUUUUUAACAGGGUUAAACCACCGUACCGUUUUUCUGCGGAGCUUCCUGGGAUCAUCACCCCCCCCACUCCCAGUUCCCUGUCCUGAAGCCCGGCUCGUGUGCGGCGGAAGCGCUGCGCUGCUGGAGAAGAUGUCCCUGUUCCAGUCGGCUCUGGAUUUCCUCGCCGGGCCCGGCUCGUCCGGAGGCGCCGGCCGGGACCAGAAUGACUUCGUCGGACAAGUGGUGGAGCUCGGCGACUUGAAGCUGAGGAUCCGGCGGGUGAUCGCAGAAGGUGGAUUCGCCUUCGUGUAUGAAGCCCAGGACAUGAGCAGUGGUAAAGACUACGCUCUCAAGAGGCUGUUGUCAAACGAGGAGGAGAAGAACAAGGAAAUCAUACAGGAAGUCUGCUUCAUGAAAAAGUUGUCAGGUCAUCCCAACACGGUUCAGUUCUGCUCUGCUGCCUCCAUCAGCAAAGAGGAGUCAGACACUGGACAGGCCGAGUUCCUCAUCCUCACUGAGCUGUGUAAAGGUCAGCUGGUGGACUUUAUAAAGCGAGUAGAGGAGAGGGCGCCCCUGUCAUGUGACACUGUGCUGAAAGUCUUAUACCAGACGUGCCGCGGCGUGCAGCACAUGCACAAACAGAAACCUCCAAUCAUCCACAGAGACCUCAAGAUUGAGAACCUCUUGAUUAGUAACCAGGGCACCAUCAAGCUUUGUGACUUUGGCAGCGCCACCACAGUGUCACACUACCCCGACUACAGCUGGUCGGCACAGAAGAGGUCCAUGGUGGAGGAUGAGAUCACAAGGAACACAACUCCAGCGUACCGAACACCUGAGAUGAUUGAUCUCUACUCCAACUUCCCCAUCAAUGAGAAACAGGACAUCUGGGCCCUCGGAUGCAUCCUCUACCUGUUGUGUUUUAAGCAGCACCCAUUCGAGGAGGGGGCCAAGCUGCAAAUCGUCAACGGGAAAUACGCCAUCCCUCAGAAUGACGUGAAGUACACUGUGUAUCACAACCUCAUACGUUCCAUGUUGAAGGUGAACCCAGAGGAGCGUCUGUCCAUUACAGAGUUGGUCAACCAGCUCCAGGAGAUCGCAGCAGCGCGCAACGUCAAUUCAAAGUCUCCCAUUACAGAGCUGCUGGAGCAGAAUGGAGGUUUUGGCAACAACGGAGCUCAGCCGCCAAUGCAGAUCCACAACGUCCAAAACAAUGCAGGCAUUUAUGAUCCUGAUCAGUCAGCCAGUGGCCUUUUUGAUAUCUUACGGGGCGGAACCGAGCGCUUCCUGACCAACAUAAAGGACACUUCCUCUAAGGUCAUCCAAUCAGUAGCCAGCAACCCCAGCUAUGCCAAAGGAGACCUGGAUAUUUCUUACAUCACAUCUAGAAUAGCAGUCAUGUCCUUCCCAGCAGAGGGGGUGGAGUCGGCAAUAAAGAACAACAUUGAGGACGUCCGUCUGUUCCUAGAUUCACGUCACGCUGGACACUACGCUGUCUACAACCUCUCCAAACGAUCCUACAGGCCGUCACGAUUCCACAACAGGGUCUCAGAGUGUAACUGGCAGGUGCGUCGUGCCCCCAACCUCCGCAGUCUCUACAGUGUGUGUAAAAACAUGCAUCUAUGGCUCAAACAAGACCAGAGGAACAUCUGUAUAGUACACUGUCUGGACGGCAGGGCAGCGUCCGCCGUGGCAGUUUGCUCCUUCCUGUGUUUCUGUCGCCUUUUCACCACAGCUGAGGCAGCCGUCUACAUGUUCUCAAUGAAGAGAUGCCCUCCUGGCAUAGCACCCUCUCACAAGAGGUAUAUCGAGUAUAUGUGUGACAUGAUGGCCGAGGAGCCCAUCAUCCCCCACAGCAAGCCCAUAACCAUCCGCUCCAUCAUCAUGACGCCGGUGCCGCUGUUCAACAAGCAGCGUAACGGGUGCAGGCCGUUCUGCGAAGUCUACGUUGGAGAUGAGAGGGUCCUCACCACGUCACAGGAAUACGACAAGAUGAAGGAUUUUAAGAUGGAGGAUGGGAGAGCGGAGAUUCCACUCAAUGUGUCAGUCCAAGGAGAUGUACUGGUGGUGAUCUAUCAUGCAAGAUCUACACUGGGAGGGCGUCUGCAGGCCAAGAUGGCAUCCAUGAAAAUGUUUCAGAUCCAGUUCCACACAGGCUUUGUGCCCAGAAAUGCGACCAAUGUCAAGUUUAACAAGUACGACUUGGACGCCUGUGACAUCCAGGAGAAGUACCCGGACCUGUUCCAGGUGAACUUAGACAUUGACAUGGAACCCAGGGACCGACCCAGCGCUAAGAGCCCGCCGUGGGAGAGCUUCCAAACCAAGGGCCUCAACCCCAAAAUCCUAUUCUCCUCUCGUGACGAACAGCAAGAGAUCCUCAGCAAAUUCGGUAAACCGGAGCUGCCUCGUCAGCCAGGCUCCUCAGCAUUUUAUGAUUCAGAGGCGUCUCAGCCGGUGCAGACUCCAGACGGCUCCAGUGCAACAGAACCAGAGCCAGAACCAGAAUCUCCCGGGAGCACAGAUACCAACGCUAACAACUUCUUCCAGACACUGGAUUGGGAAGAUGUGAGCGGCCCCCAGGACGCCUCAGACAGUCAAGCAGGGGGAUCCAUGAACGAACAGGAGGACAUGAGUGAUCAAUCAGAGGGAGAGUCCUACUCCUACUCUGCCCCCGGGGGGGAGCCGCUGUCACGUGACCCCAGCGAACCACUAUUUGAUGCUGACUUUGAGACUCCCCCCCCUGCCGCCCAGGAAGCUCCUGUCGGUGGCACAGCGGAUCUCUUGGGCCUCCACUCUGACCCUGAGCCUCCCUCCGCGUCCUCCACCUCCUCCUCUGCUCCUCAACAAGGAGUCCAGGGAGGAAUGAAAGCUGCAUCCAGCAACAGCGACCUCCUCAACGAUCUGUUUGCACCCCCUGCUGGUCAGACCGGAGCAGGGCAGGAAGACUUGUUCUUCACUGAGACCACACCAGACUCAAAACCCACGGGCGACCUGUUUGAUCCGUUUGGGAUGGGGUCCGGCUCCGGUGUCGGCUCCAGCGUGGGCUCGUCUCGGCAGGCCUCCGGACCGGACCUGUUUGGAGACUUGUUGGGUUCUGAUAGCUCAGCCACCAGCGGGUUCAGUUCAGGUCACAGUAAUCCCACUCCAGCUUCCAACACCAGCCUCUUCAACCUCAAUAAGCUUGUAAAUGAUGCCCCAAAGAUGACAUCAUCCGCCAGCCAGCCGGACCUGCUGGGCGGGUGGGACAGCUGGGCAGCCGGCACCAAAACUGGCAUGAGUAGCACCAGCAGCAAACCCAGCUACACCAGUACAGCUGCUGGUGGGUCGUCCAUGUCAAAGGCCAAGUCUCAGACCUUUGACCCCUUUGCCGACCUCGGAAACCUGGGUUCCAAUUUACCUGGACCUUCUUUUAGCACGAAGGCUCCUCCCUCCUCUGCUUCCUCCUCCACCAAGGCUCAAGGGCAGCCCUGGCAGUCCGGUAGAGCCGCCGCCGCAGCCCAGGGCAAACCGUGGAUUUCGGGAUCGGGAUCCGUACCCAAAGCAUCCUCAGCAUCUCAGCCUGCAGCCGCACAGCCCAUCAAGCCUAACUACAACCUCAGCUUCUCUAGUGUCAUCGGCGGGAGAGAGGACAGAGGCGUGCGUGGGCCUGGAUUCGGCCCCAAGCCGAAGGUAAAGCAGGACGAUUUUGAGGACCUGCUGUCGACUCAGGGUUUCGCCUCUAAGCUUGAUAAGAAGGGACCAAGGACCAUCGCGGAAAUGAGAAGACAGGAGAUUACAAAAGACAUGGAUCCGCUCAAACUGCAGAUCUUGGAUUGGAUCGAAGGGAAGGAGCGAAACAUCCGCGCGCUGCUGUCGACGCUGCACACGGUGCUGUGGGAGGGAGAAACCCGCUGGAGGCCUGUGGGCAUGGCCGACCUGGUGACCCCCGACCAUGUGAAGAAGUACUACAGAAAGGCUGUGCUGAUUGUCCAUCCAGAUAAGGCGACAGACCAGCCCUAUGAACACUACGCUAAGAUGAUCUUCAUGGAACUGAACGACGCCUGGUCAGAGUUUGAGAACCAGGGAUCCAAAGCACUCUUCUAAAAGCCUGGUCUGGAUCCCAGCUCGACUGGACUGGAUUCGGCCUAACCAGACAAGGGGUUAGACCGGGCCAGAUAAGACAGGACUGAGCCCACAUUGGGCCUUAGGGGGCAAAGAGCCUCUGAGAGGUGUCCUCUCUACCAUUCCCUUCACUCCCUUAUUCCUUCUUUACGUUCUUCUGUUCCUACAGUCAAGGAAAAAAGACCUUUUGUUUCAUGCCUGGCUGUAGUUAAAAAAAAAUAAUCCUCACUGGUUAUUAAAGUGCCAGUUAAAUGUUGUGAUCGUUCUUAAACUCACUGCCUACCUGUACGACUGCCUGAGUGGUGCUGCAACGGAAGGAGGAACGGGUGACAAUCACACCAAGAAGACACGGUGGGAAAGAAAUAGGAAAAUAGAAAGACUUUUGAAACUACGCAGAUGAUUAUCAACACAGUGGUAUUCCGAUUAAAAACAAAAAAUAAGAUUUAUUUACCCCUCACUAAUAAAAUGCUGGAAAUUUUGGCUGUGGCUUGUAGGUUUGUCAUCUGUGCUUGGCACCUUUGCAGACAACCAGUCGUUUAUUUUACUGGUAAAAAAAAAUGGCAAUUUUCAAAACAUGAUUUAAACAUUUUGAAGCUCAGCUGCCUCAAAAAGUAACAAACAUUGCUGAUGAAUCUCGGAACGUAGCGGCCACAGCAAGCGACGGACAGGAACAGUCCUGAACUCUUACUGCAGAAUAUCUGAGGAUAAAACACGUCAAAACUUUUAAAGUGCUUCUGCUGCACCUUUUGGGGUCAACGCUUGGUCGGGGUUUGAGCCAUUUCCUCUCCAGAAGGACGAGACGAUUGCCUGCUGAACACUACUAGUGCUGCUUGUACCAUUGCAGUUAUUGCUACACACACACACACACACACACACACACACACUGCUCAGGCUGAUGUGAAAACCUGCAUCCUGAACUCCUGACGACGGAGCUGAACUUCUUUCGGAGCCCCAUAUAAACCCAAGCGGGCCGUGUGUUGUUUUUUGAAGUGCUCUUUGAAUUCCACCCACUCGGGCUACACCGUGUAGCGUCGCGACUGCAUGCUCUCCCAACGACAGGGGGUGGGCGUGUUUGAUUCCCAAACCAGGGUAGUCCCAAUGGGCGGUGGCUCUUUUUUUUUUGAUUUUUUUUAAUUGAAGUGCUCUUUUUCUUGUAGCAGAAACUGAGUCUACCUGAGGGGCAGAUGUCUCUGCCUCUGCCUCUCUCACAGCUUGUCACUUCUGAAGCAUCUCCACAUGGCCAUCCUUUAUAACCCCCUCUGUUUGUCUCAGUAAACCUGAGCCUCGUUCAGUGGAUGGUCAGUUUAUAGGAGGAGAUCAAAAAGAGAAGAGAGAACAUGGUGAUUUAAUCUGGUUUUAUUAUUUUUGGGGGUGGGGGCUCCUGUGUUGAGCUUUUUUUUUUUUUUACUUAUCACAUUGAUUGUAAAUAUAAAAACAUCAUCAUCCAUCAAGUGGCUUUGUUGAGAUUACAGCCUGUGUGAGUGGGUGUGUGUGAGUCUGUAUGUGUGAGUGUGUGUUUCUGGAGUAGACAAUGAAACCAUUGUUACACACGAUGCUUUUCUGUCACAAUCUUUUCUUCAUUAGCUUCAUUAUUUCAGCCACGUUUGUUUUUUGUUUCUUUCCAACCUAUUUUUUUUUUAUCGUUUCACAUUUUACCUCAUGGACCAAUCGAAUCACCUGUUUUCCUAUUUAUUAUUGGGUUUUUUUUGGGAGUGUGGGGGCGUUAUGAUGACAUGUAUUCAUGCAUAUUGAUGGCACAAGUAAAAGAAGAGAAAAUCAGAUAAUAUAUAAGUGGAAUGUGCUGAGUGCAAAUAGGACAGUUGUUGGUUGAUCACAGCCUCUUGUCGCUUGUUUCAUUCCAAAGCAUCUAUUAUGAAUACGAAUGUGCUUUUACAAAUAUAUAUAUAUCCUCUCUGUUGUUAUGUGGUAUGUGUUUUAUCAUUUUUUCUUUUUUGUUUCGUUCUUUUCUGAAGUCGUUCCUUCUGUUUUGACUUUUUGCUACAAUUCCAACACGAGGGGCCAGUAAAACCUACGUAAGACGCUGGAAAAAUAAAAUUAAAAAAAUCAACUAACGCUUGAAAUUCAGUUGAAACUCUUGACAGCGUGAUCAUCAGUAUAAAGAGGGAGGCUUGUAAAACCACGUACUGGCAGUGUUUACUGAACCAAAUUACAUCAUACUAAUAUGAAUGUAGAUUUCAAUGCAAAAACAAAUAAAACUCUUUUGAUCUGA